UCCCCGCUGUCGCACCGGAGCGCACGCCGAUCUUUACUUCUCCUCAGUGUUGUCGCUGGGCGUUGCGCCACCACCCUARCCACUGGCUCCUUUCCUCUCUCCGUCUGAUUUAGCAGGCAGGUGACAACUCGGACAUGUCUCGAGAACUACAGGACGUGGAUCUGGCCGAGGUGAAGCCUUUGGUGGAGAAAGGAGAGACCAUCACUGGCCUCCUGCAGGAGUUUGACGUUCAGGAGCAGGACAUUGAGACGUUACAUGGCUCCCUGCACGUCACGCUGUGUGGGACCCCCAAGGGAAACCGGCCCGUCAUCCUCACGUACCACGACAUUGGCAUGAACCACAAAACCUGCUACAACCCCCUCUUCAACUACGAGGACAUGCAGGAGAUCACCCAGCACUUUGCCGUCUGCCACGUGGACGCCCCUGGCCAGCAGGAUGGUGCUCCCUCCUUCCCCGUGGGGUACAUGUACCCCUCUAUGGAUCAACUGGCCGAGAUGCUGCCCGGGGUCCUUCAGCAGUUCGGGCUGAAGAGCGUCAUCGGGAUGGGCACAGGAGCGGGCGCCUACAUCCUGACCCGCUUUGCGCUGAACAACCCCGAGAUGGUGGAGGGCCUCGUCCUGAUCAAUGUGAACCCUUGUGCAGAAGGCUGGAUGGACUGGGCGGCCUCCAAGAUCUCUGGAUGGACCCAAGCCCUGCCAGACAUGGUUGUGUCCCACCUCUUUGGGAAGGAGGAAAUGCACAGCAACGUGGAGGUGGUCCACACCUACCGCCAGCACAUCCUGAACGACAUGAACCCYGGCAACCUGCACCUGUUCAUCAAUGCCUACAACAGCCGCCGGGACCUGGAGAUUGAGCGUCCCAUGCCAGGAACCCACACCGUCACCCUUCAGUGCCCUGCUUUGCUGGUGGUCGGGGACAACUCUCCUGCCGUGGACGCUGUGGUGGAGUGCAACUCAAAACUGGAUCCCACGAAGACCACCCUCCUCAAGAUGGCGGACUGUGGCGGCCUCCCGCAGAUCUCCCAGCCAGCCAAGCUCGCCGAGGCCUUCAAGUACUUYGUGCAGGGCAUGGGAUACAUGCCCUCUGCCAGCAUGACCCGUCUGAUGAGGUCCCGCACCGCAUCCGGCUCCAGCGUCACCUCCCUGGAGGGCACCCGCAGCCGCUCCCACACCAGCGAGGGCACCCGCAGCCGCUCCCACACCAGCGAGGGCGCCCGCAGCCRCUCCCACACCAGCGAAGGAGCCCACCUGGACAUCACCCCCAACUCGGGUGCCCCUGGGAACAGCGCGGGCCCCAAGUCCAUGGAGGUGUCCUGCUAGGCGGCCGCGCCCGCGCCCUGGACUCUGGUCUCCGUAGCGGCUCCCCUCCAGCCCUUCCCGCCUCUGCCUGCACCCUGCACUAACUUGGUAUUAAUCCAAAGCUUAUUUUGUAAGAGUGAGCUCUGGUGACGACAGGUUGGGUCUCUCUAGGGUGCCUCUUUGAUAAGGGUGGGCAGUGGGGGACCUACAGAAGGAGGCAUCUUUGUGUCCUGUCUUCAUUAACUAGUGGCCUGGCUGCCACUCUUUAACCCGCCCUCAGAGACACCCAGCUGCCCAAAACAAAAACCAGCAGCAAACACUUUGCAAUCCAGCUCGGGCUGAGCAGCUGAGUGGCUUCCAGGUUCCACCACCUGGUGUGUCCCCAGCCCACCWACUUCCUGCUUCCUCUCCAACUGCAGAGAGACUGGCCCAAGUCCUAGAAGCCACCCAUUUCUGACGAGGUGGAGUGUGGCUACUUCUUUUACAUAGGCAAAACA